AUGGAAAUGGAUAAUGUGCUGCAUAUGAACGGGGGCAUGGGAGAGACGAGCUACGCUAAGAACUCCUUGCUUCAGUGGAAAGGGAUAGCAACCACUCUGCCGAUAAUAAAGAAAGCCAUAGCAGAACUGAUGUGCAACUCGAGCUUCCCCAUAGGGAGGCUAGCAAUCGCAGAUCUGGGCUGCGCUUCAGGGCCCAACUCCUUCUUCCUCGUCUCCGAGGUAAUCAAGGCUGCCCACAAACUUUCCAGGGAGUUGGGCCACGAAUCCACCGACCAAUUUCAGAUCUUUCUGAAUGACCUCCCUGGAAAUGACUUCAACAACAUCUUCCGUUCUAUACAAGGAUUCAAAGAGAAAAUUAUGGAAGAAAUGGGGUCCUGCACUGAUUCUGAACCAAUAUUGAUGUUCAUCACUGGAGUCCCAGGUUCCUUCUAUGAUAGGCUUUUCCAAACUGACAGCCUCCAUUUCAUUCACUCUUCCUAUGGUGUUCACUGGAGCUCUCAAGUUCCUCGAGAUCAGGACAAAUUGGAUUCCUUCAAUCUCCCAUUGUUCACUCCAUCCGCCAUGGAAGUGGAAACCGAGAUCCAAAAACAGGGGUCCUUUGCCGUUGAACACCUAGAGUUGUGGGAUAUGAGUUGGAAUGCCUACGAGGGGGAAGUGGAUUUGCCUGAAGCCCUUCGAGAUGGUGGCUACAACGUUUCCAGGUGCAUGAAGGCGCUGUUUGAGCCAAUAAUUUCCCAUCGGUUGAACCCGCCGAGGGAAGUCAUCAACGAGGUUUUCAAGAGGACACUCUUGAAACCCAAACCCAUAAACUCCAAGCACGUACGAGAGAGAGAAAUGGAUAAUGUGUUGCAUAUGAAUGGGGGCAUGGGAGAGACUAGCUACGCUAAGAACUCCUUGCUUCAGUGGAAAGGGAUAGCAACCACUCUGCCGAUAACAAAGGAAGCCAUAGCAGAACUGAUGUGCAACUCGAGCUUCCCCAUAGGCAGGCUAGCAAUCGCAAAUCUGGGCUGUGCUUCAGGGCCCAACUCCCUCUUCCUCGUGUCUGAGGUAAUCAAGGCCGCCCACAAGCUUUCCAGGGAGUUGGGCCACAAAUCCACCGACCAGUUUCAGAUCUUUCUGAAUGACCUCCCUGGAAAUGACUUCAACAACAUCUUCAGUUCUAUACAAGGAUUCAAGGAGAAAAUUAUGGAAGAAAUGGGGUCCUGCACGGAUUCUGAACCAAUAUUGAUGUUCAUCACUGGAGUCCCAGUGUUCACUGGAGCUCUCAAGUUCCUCGAGGUACAUUUGGAAAAUUAUUCGUCAUGCUCUCUCUUGCAGGGGUUGAUAGAUCAGGAUAAAUUGGAUUCCUUCAAUCUCCCAUUGUUCACUCCAUCCGCCAUGGAAGUGGAAGCCGAGAUCCAAAAACAGGGCUCCUUUGCCAUCAAACACCUGGAGUUGUGGGAUAUGAGCUGGAAUGCCUACGAGGGGGAAGUGGACUUGCCUGAAGCCCUUCGAGAUGGUGGCUACAACGUUUCCAGGUGCAUGAAGGCAUUGUUUGAGCCGAUAAUCACCCAUAAGUUUAACUUGCCGAGGGAAGUCAUGAACGAGGUUUUCAAGAGGUAUGGUCUUCUUCUCUCAGAUUGGAUGGCCAACGAGAGAGCUAUUCUCGUGAGUUUGACUGUCUCGCUCACUAAGCGAGGUUGA